GUGAGAGCCCGUGUUUAACUCGCUGGUUAUAACACGAUAGUUUUAACUUCUGUUUUGACGAAAAUGUAACAGAGAUCGAGUUUAAACUCUUACUCGUCUAGAUCAGUUUCACUUAUCGACUUUUUCCAAGAUUUCGGAUGCAAAAAUCGGGACUUUUCACGAUGCUACAGGGUCUGUGCUUAGGGAAAUCUAAUGGCGACUGCAGUAACGGCGGCUCGUGCAGGGAGAAGUCGACGCCUCACGCGCCUCUGCUCAACCGAAAUUCUCUCACUUUGGAAAUAUCACCAGAAUCUCAUCGCGGUUCCGACGACGGUUCUUUACCGACUUCACCCGACUACAGCUCCGACGAUUCUCUCGGUGCUGACGGCUGCUUCCUGGAUCACAACACCAGAGACAUCCUGAGCGAGUUCUUCUGCUCCGGUGCUCACUCCUGCCCUCAGCACCAGAAGGUUCUACUCACCAUGAGGCGGGUUGUGGACAGUCUGCUGGUCAAACACCAGUUCACUUAUAAAGGUAUGCUCACCAAGAUAAGUUUGGGUCGGAGGGAAGGUGACAUGACGCUGGUAAGCUCAAUGGCGAAGGAGGUUUUCAGCGACGGAAUCACAAACUGGGGCCGCAUCGCCAGCCUGCUUGCCUUCGGUACCGUUGUGUGCCAGUACGAGAAGGAGAACGGCCGUGGGAACAGUGCUAGUCUCGUGGCAGACGAGAUCUCCUCCUACCUCCUUUCUGAUCAAAGGAAAUGGCUGGUGAAAAAUAAAGCGUGGGACGGCUUUGUGGAGUUUUUUCAUGUUCCAGACCCUGAAUCGACAGUCAGAUCAGCAUUAAUGGCCUUUGUUACUGUGGCAGGUAUUGGGGCUUCAAUUGCAUUUAUGGCAAGAUAAGAUUAUUUGGACCUUCUGAAUGACCGUGGACUUUAAUGAGGCCUGAAAUUCCUGGCCUGAUGUCUAAACAAAGAAUGUAAAUACAGUAAAUAGCAAAAUUACAACUAUUUUUACCUUGCUCAUGUUUGUAAAGAUUUAUUUUUAUGAGAAUGUUAUAACACUAUGUGACACUAGUAAAAAAAAAUCGAACGAACCACGAGGAAAAGUACUGAACGUCUUGUAAAUAAAACUGAAAUCACAUUUCUUUUAAUUUUAUUAAAAUAGAAGAAUUAAAUCUCUGAUCAUGUGGGAAAACAACCAGCUACAGGCAGUUUUUGCUGGCGAUUUAGUGGAUGUGCAUAAUUUACUUCUAAUCUACUUAACAUUAUUAAUUGCUGAUAAAUCUGUAAUCAGAUCAUCAUGAUUAUAAAUGUACCUGAUACGCUGUUUCUACUUGGCACAAUUACAUGCAGAAUUUUACACUUUUGUGAGAUUGCCUUACCAUUCACAAAAUGUAAUUCUUAACUCGUUUCCACUCUGCUAUGCAUUGGCUUUGUAGAUAAUAAAUAGUUAUUUAAUUCUU